UGCAAUGUGUGAGAUCUGCCUACCUGGGAAGAAAGUCCGCUUGUGAGGGUGGUGGGGGGUGCAGGGAGAUCAGAGCCCAAACAAUGUGCUUAUGAGAAUGCGGUCCCGUGGGCGCACGCUUAUGAAAAACAGAGGAUUACCUGGAAAUCCUUGUAAAAUUGGCCUCGGCGACGGGGCGGAAUCCACGCAGGGAGCCCACGGCGGGGAUGCGCGCGCUGCAAACUUAAUGACGCUUCACGCCCUUUCGCGGAGGAAGGAGAGCACCUCCACAACAUGGUCAAGUCUCGCUUGAGGAGACGGACUCCGACGCGCUCGUGACAGCAUUGCCGGGGGGGGUGGGGGGGAUCGCGUGGCGUGGCGUGGCGUGGCGUCGCCUCCCCGCGUCCGCGAAUUGUCAGGUGGACAAAAACCCUUUUUGCGAGAACCUGGGGUGGAGAGUGGAAGAACGCGUCGCUCCCGUCAAUUUGAGAGCCUCGAUCGGCCGCCGCACUUUGGCUAGAAAAUUAGGGAUGGACUGAGAGGAGAGGAGAGGAGAGGAGAGGGGAGGAGAGGCUGCCGACGCACAGCCGUGUUCCCGUGGAAAGCAAGGAGUUGAAGAACAAGGAGAGGAAGGAGGGAUAUCGACGAAAAACGAUAUGAAGUUCACGUGAGGGGGCGGACAUCGCGCAGCUCCGCUGUAUUUUAAGUGGAGGAAAAAAAAAAAAAAAAAAAACCGUAACCGCACACAUGGCUGUUUUGCGGGAGAAUGCCUGUUAAUAAAUACUAAGUUGUAACGUUUCCCUUCUGUGUCAAGUGCGCGUUCAAGUGCCGCAUUUUCUCCUUUCUUUGCAACACACAUCUUUGCUGUUGGCUGUGAAGACGAUCGGACGCGCUAUGACACCGUCGCCGAGCGGACUUCAGUGACGGGAGACGCCGUGCCGCUUCCCGGCGUUGGCGGAGAGCUGAAGACGGGGGGACGAAACAAAAGUCGAGCAGUAUCAUUGCCAUCAUGUCUCGGUGAAGCGGAGAUCUCUUCUUGGAAUGGUCCCCAAAGCAACAAGCGACGCCGGGGAAGGAAGGAGACGCUGGAAGGAGGUGCGCGCAAUUUGGCUCAAAAUCGUCCCGCUCGUGUUCACUAAGUAAUUGCCUUUAGGUGUCAUUUCUACUGAAAGUAGCAAGAUUUGCAACUCCUCUAAACAGCAGUCGUUAACCCCCCCCCCCGGGGUGUUGAAUUGCGGUGCUGGAGGGAGGGAGGCAGCGGCCGUGGCCAUGAGCGCGUUCGGAGUUGACGGGAAUAUGUGGAGAGCGUUUUGGGUGAUGGAGCUGCUCGUGGAAUUGGCAGUGGGGCAGGAAAUCUACGCCCCCCACUCCAUCAGAAUCGAGGGGGAUUUGACCUUGGGGGGGCUCUUCCCCGUGCACGCGCGGGGCGCUCCCGGGGCGCCGUGCGGGGACCUGAAGAAGGAGAACGGCAUCCACCGGCUCGAGGCGAUGCUGUACGCGCUCGACCAGAUCAACGGCGACGACGAGCUGCUGCCCAACAUCACGCUGGGCGCGCGGGUGCUCGACACGUGCUCGCGGGACACGUACGCGCUCGAGCAGUCGCUCACCUUCGUGCAGGCGCUCAUACAGAAGGACACGUCGGACGUGCGCUGCACGAACGGGGAGCCGCCGGUGUUCGUGAAGCCCGAGAAAGUAGUGGGAGUCAUAGGAGCGUCGGCCAGCUCCGUCUCCAUCAUGGUGGCCAACAUCCUGCGGCUGUUCCAGAUUCCCCAGAUCAGCUACGCCUCCACAGCCCCAGAGCUGAGCGAUGACCGGCGGUAUGACUUUUUCUCCCGCGUGGUGCCCCCAGACUCCUUCCAGGCUCAGGCGAUGGUGGAUAUCGUGAAGGCCAUGGCCUGGAACUAUGUGUCCACAGUGGCUUCAGAGGGCAGCUAUGGUGAGAAGGGUGUAGAAGCCUUUAUGCAGCUCUCCAGGGAAGCAGGUGGGAUCUGCAUCGCUCAGUCGCUGAAGAUCCCACACGACCGCAAGCAGGCGGAUUUUGACAAGGUUGUACGCCAGCUCCUGGAAACACGUCACGCACGCGCUGUUGUCACCUUCGCCAGUGACGAGGACAUUCGAGGGAUUCUCAAUGCCACCAAAAGAGCCAAUCAAGUGGGACGUUUCCUUUGGAUCGGCUCAGACAGCUGGGGAGCCAAGCUGAGUCCCCUUCAACAGCUGGAAGACGCAGCUGUGGGAGCGAUCACCAUUCUACCCAAAAGAGCCACCAUAGAAGGCUUUGACACCUACUUCACCUCCCGCACGCUGGAAAACAACCGCAGGAACGUGUGGUUUGCCGAGUUCUGGGAAGAGAACUUUGACUGUAAGCUGAUGAGCUUCUCUAAGAAAGAGGACACCAGCCGCAAGUGUACAGGUCAGGAGCGCAUCGGCAUCGACUCCCAGUACGAGCAAGAAGGGAAGGUGCAGUUUGUAAUUGAUGCAGUUUACGCCAUGGCCCAUGCCUUGCACAACAUGCAGAAGGACCUGUGUCCUGAUACACCCGGGGUGUGCCCGGAGAUGGAGCUGGCUGGGGGCAAGAAGCUACUCAAGUAUAUCCGAAGCGUCCGCUUCAACGGAAGUGCAGGCUCCUCUGUGACAUUCAACAAGAACGGAGAUGCUCCUGGACGCUAUGACCUGUUUCAGUACCAGUUGAAUGGCAACAGCUCUUGGGGCUACAAGCUGGUUGGCCAAUGGAUGGACUCACUGCAGCUCAAUAUGGAAGACCUUCAAUGGCCCAAUGGAGAGGUUGAGGUCCCUCGCUCAGUGUGCAGUCUGCCCUGCCGGAUAGGCGAGAGGAAGAAGACGGUUAAAGGUGUACCCUGCUGUUGGCACUGUGAGCUCUGCGACGGGUACCAGUAUCAGUACGAUGAGACCACUUGCAGACUGUGCUCCUACAACAUGCGACCCAAUGAUAACAGAACUGGGUGUCAGCCCAUUCCUGUAGUCAAGCUAGAGUGGCACUCUCCAUGGGCCAUCAUCCCCGUCUUCCUGGCCAUAUUGGGCAUCACUGCCACCAUCUUUGUCAUGGCCACCUUCAUCCGCUACAAUGACACGCCCAUCGUGCGGGCUUCAGGUCGGGAGCUGAGUUAUGUACUGCUGACGGGGAUCUUCCUCUGCUACAUCAUCACCUUCCUGAUGAUUGCCAUGCCAGAUGUGGCCAUUUGCUCCUUCCGACGUAUCUUCCUCGGCUUGGGUAUGUGCAUCAGCUACGCCGCAUUGCUCACAAAGACAAACCGCAUCUACCGCAUCUUUGAGCAGGGCAAGAAGUCUGUGGCAGCCCCCCGGCUCAUCAGCCCCACUUCCCAGCUGGCCAUCACCUCCAGUCUCAUCUCUGUCCAGCUCAUGGGGGUCCUCAUAUGGUUUGGGGUCGACCCUCCCAACACCAUAAUUGACUACGAUGAACAGAAGACCAGCAAUCCCAGCCAAGCAAGAGGGGUGUUAAAGUGUGACAUCACAGACCUACAGAUCAUCUGCUCUCUGGGAUACAGCAUUCUGCUUAUGGUGACGUGUACAGUUUAUGCGAUCAAAACACGAGGAGUUCCAGAGGACUUCAAUGAGGCCAAACCUAUUGGCUUUACUAUGUACACCACCUGUAUCGUCUGGCUUGCCUUCAUCCCCAUAUUUUUUGGCACGGCUCAGUCUGCAGAGAAGUUGUACAUCCAAACGACCACGCUCACCAUCUCCAUGAACCUCAGCGCCUCGGUGGCCCUGGGACUGCUCUACAUGCCCAAAGUCUACGUCAUUAUCUUCCACCCUGAACUCAAUGUGCAGAAGAGGAAGCGCAGCUUCAAGGCGGUAGUGACAGCCGCCACCAUGACAUCCCGGCUCUCCCACAAGCCCAGCGAGCGUCCCAAUGGGGAAGCCAAGACGGAGCUAUGCGAAAACACGGAUUCCACCAGUCCAGCAGCAAAGAAAAAGUAUGUGAGCUACAACAACAUAGUGAGCUAAAGGACUUUGUCAAGGGAGGACAUGACCAGUGGAAAGGAUUUGUCUUCUGCUCCUUGACAAGGACAAAAGGCAUUGAGGACCCCAGCAGAGCACAGUCUACUCUGCCCAGGGUUUCUGUCCAGUAUUCUUUUCUCUUUUCAUUUGUUGUUGUGCUUUCACAUGGAGGAGAAACGGUAUAAUGCAAACAUAUGUAAGUAAAAUGAAUAAAACGUGUCUUGGUGGUGAGCCUAAUAAGAAAAUUCUAAAGAGCUGCUCCUUUCUUGUAAUAAAUAAGGUGGCGAGAAGAUGGGAGGGUGGCAGGAGGAGAACAGAAGCCGACGUGUCGCGAGUUUACGGACGGGCGCGUCUCGGCCCCCGCUCGGCCCGGUGUUUCGCAGCCUCGGCUCUCACGGUUUCACCGAACGGUGUCUCCACUCGUGAGGCUGUGCUGCCCGAACUUCAUUUCACGGGGACGGCUGUCUUUACGCGCACUUCCAGACCACUGAGUUUUCCAACCUGCCCACAACACAUGCUGGAUGUUUUCUUUCAUUAUUUCAGCAUUUUUUGUAUCCAUAUAUUAUUAAAGCCAUAUGCAUAUUUUUGAGAGUGCGGUAGUUUUUUUUUUUCUUUUUUUUCCUCUGCUUUUAAGUCAUUUCGGAUUAUAAUUUUGGUUUGGUAGUUAAUUACUAUGUAUUAAGCAUAGUGGUUUAAAAUUUAUAAGGAUAUACGGACCAUUAAAAAGUGUCUUCAGGAACUCGAGAAAAGUCAGUUCCAUCAAGCUCACUUCAGUUAACUAUAUAUAAUACAGUCUGGCAACUGACACCACUUUUCACAUUGUUCAUCUAGCAUGUGUCUACGCAUGCCUGUUAAGUUUGAUGUAGAAAGUAAAUCUAAGUAUUCACAGGGCUUUAUCC